GUGCCUAAUACUCUGUCGAAAAGAGCGCCAUCGACCCGAAAAGUGCCGGACGUGACUAGCUUUUAUCAUGCAGCGACUAGCAUUUUAUGUAACAAAAGUGCGCGCGAAUUAAAUCCCUAUCGAUAUGGGGUGACUUUAUUUAAUCGAUCGCCAUUGUCACUAUAUUUUUUAACGUCAUUCAUUCUGUAACAUGAAGCUGUUAUGGAAUUAUUGAAGGAUUGAUUUUCGUUGUCCUUGUCGACACACAUGUUCGGGUCCUGGUUGCUGGUAGGCGACUUUAAUGGAGCGGAACACGAUCAGUCAAUGGGAAAUGCCCGACCAUUUUUGGGCGGAAAGCGAUCCGCCGGAACCAGGUCGAUUUGUUGCGAGGGGGUUGUUGGGCAGACUUGUCCGGCGUUUAGAUCGAAUGACUUCGGAUCGACGGCGUACCAGAUAUCGAGUUUCCAGUGUCCCCGAAACGAGCGUAGAAAAUAGGCACGCACAUAAUACCAAUAGCAAAGUUAAGACUCAACUAGACGACGAUAAAGCCACUACUGUGAUCGACACUUACGAUUUUUUACCAUUUAUACCGACAACAUGUAUAUUUAAAGCUGCCCUCACAGCUGGACCCGAUCCAUUUAUAGCUAUACCGCAUCAUAAGGGUGAUCUCGUGUGGUUUGAUCCUGGUGUCGGUCAUGUUCUACCAGGUGAAGUACUUGAGUACCAUAGACCAGCACAAGUACUCACUGUACAAGCUGUUAUCGCGGGAAAAACACAAAUUUUUUCGCUUACCAGUGCUACUGGUGUACAUAGACGUCAAGAUUUGGGACAAAAUGGAAUCGAAGAUAUGAUACAACUCAACGACCUUAAUGAAGCUUCACUACUGUGGAAUUUAAAAAUUCGUUAUGAUAAAGAGCUUAUAUAUACAUAUACUGGAAGUAUAUUAGUAGCUGUGAAUCCAUAUAAAAUGUAUGAUAUGUAUGGAUUGGACAUGGUGAAAAAAUACGAGGGUCAAAUUCUCGGAACAUUAUCACCUCAUUUAUUCGCCGUUGGUUCUGCGGCUUACGGGAUGCUUUCAAGAGGCAAUCAAGUAGUUGUCAUAUCGGGAGAAUCGGGUUCUGGUAAGACAGAAUCUACCAAACUGAUUAUGCAAUAUUUAGCUGCUGUCAAUAAAUCGUCAUCAAACCUUAUAACUGAGCAAAUAUUAGAAGCUUCUCCCUUACUAGAAAGUUUUGGUAAUGCUAAAACUGUAAGGAAUGACAAUUCGUCUAGAUUCGGAAAGUUUUUAGAAGUACACUUUAAACAAGGAAUCAUCUUAGGUGCCAAAGUAACUGAAUAUCUUUUAGAAAAAUCUAGGAUAGUAACACAAGCCCCUGAAGAACGGAACUAUCAUGUGUUUUAUGAACUAUUAGCGGGCUUGGCAGAAGAAGAUAAACUUAAGUAUGGCUUAUUGUCAGCUGACAAAUAUUUUUAUUUAAAUCAAGGAGGAAAUUGUGAAAUCGAUGGAAAAUAUGAUGCAGAAGAUUUUCAGUCACUUAUGUCAGCUAUGCAAGUUUUAGGAUUCACAUCAGAAGAGCAAGACACUAUAUUUCGUAUUCUAGCAUCUGUUUUACAUUUGGGAAACGUUUACUUUCAUCGUAAACAGUUAAAACAUGGACAAGAAGGAGUAGAAAUUGGUUCUGAUGCGGAAAUCCGCUGGACGGGUCAUUUAUUACGAUUGGACGUAGAAGGCAUUAAAGAAGCUUUGACCACUAAAACCACGGAGGCACGCAAUGAGCGAGUUCUCACAGCAUUAAACAUUGAUCAAGCAUUAGAUGCUAGAGAUGCGUUUGCAAAGGCAUUGUAUAGUUCUCUAUUUACUUGGCUUGUUGCAAGGAUUAAUCAUAUCGUUUUUAAAGGAACUAAAAAAACAACAGCUAUAUCGAUUCUUGAUAUUUUUGGUUUCGAAGACUUUAAGGAAAAUAGUUUUGAACAAUUGUGUAUUAAUUACGCUAAUGAAAAUUUACAAGUUUACUUUAAUAAGCAUAUAUUUAAAUUGGAACAACAAGAAUAUGCAAAAGAAAAAAUUCAUUGGCAGAAUAUUUCUUACAACGAUAACUUGCCAGUUAUUCAAUUAUUAUCUAAGAAGCCUGUUGGGAUUUUACAUCUAUUAGAUGACGAAUCUAAUUUCCCUAGAGCAACAGACUUAUCAUUUUUAGAAAAAUGUCAUUAUAAUCACGCUUUAAAUGAGUUAUACUCCAGGCCAAGAUUGAAUGGACCGGAAUUUGGAGUGCGUCAUUAUGCGGGUCCUGUAUGGUAUAAUGUUGAUGGAUUUUUAGAUAAAAAUCGUGAUACUUUACGUCCAGAUGUUGUACAAUUAUUAAUUUCAAGUUCUUUACCCAUGUUGAGUAAAAUGUUUAGUUCUUUAAGAAAUUCUUUUGAAGCUUCAAAGACAUUAAAUAAAGCAAAUGGAAGAUUUGUCACCAUGAAACCUAGAACACCUACGGUUGCUGCUAGGUUCCACGAUUCAUUACAACAAUUGCUUGAAUCAAUAUCGGGGUGCCAUCCAUGGUUUGUGCGUUGCAUUAAACCAAAUUGCGAAAAGGUUUCAAUGAAAUUCGAUAUGCCCACAGUUUUAGAACAACUUCGUUAUUCGGGAAUGUUGGAAACGAUUAAAAUUCGUAAAUUAGGUUAUCCAGUUCGUAUGAAAUUUAGCGAAUUUGUAGUUAGAUAUCGAGUACUGGUUCGCAAGCGGAAAUUACCACCAAAGGGUUCUCCUAACAGAGAAAUUUGUCAAACAAUACUAGAAAAGCAUGCCGACGAGUAUCAACUUGGUACUACACGUGUAUUUUUACGUGAAAAUCUUGAGCGUUAUUUAGAACGUGAAAGAGCUGCCAUAUUAAAUACGGCAGCUAUUACACUUCAACGCAAUGUAAGAGGAUUUUUAGCAAGAACUAGAUAUACCAUAAAACGACAAAGUGCUAUAAAAGUACAAUCAACAGUUCGGGGGUGGAUUGAAAGAAAACGAUAUGAAACUUUGAAAAGAGGCAUAAUUAAAGCCCAAGCGACAUUUAGAGGACGGCGCCAGAGAAAAAGAUACAACCAAUUGAAGGAGGAAAUGAAAAAAAAAGCUGAUUUGGCCAAAGAGCGAACGAGAUCUAGAGUACAAAAAGAAGAACAAGAAAAAAAUUCUAGACCUAAUGUAAUUACAAAUCUCAAUACAUUAGAUAUUCCGGCAGAACUUGCAGUUAUUUUCAAUAAAAUUGACGAGUGGCAGAUGACCCAUAAUGAAAGACAAUUAAUAAAAGUAGUUGGAACUAUUGUGGAAAUACCAGAGCAAUAUACAUUACCAUCAGAUAUUGAUCAACAUGCUUUUUCUAAGUUCACAAACAUAUAUUUCAAAUCACAUGUAUGGGGAAUGAAAAGAGAACCAAUAAAAACUCCAUUUCUUCACAAAAGUAAAGAUGCAGACUACAUAGAUUCAAUUGCUAUCUUCAAAUUAAUCCUUCGAUUUAUGAAUGACGAAUCGUUAUCACCUAAAAAAGAACAGGCUUUAGCAGACUAUAUUAUUCACAAAGGUCUCACGAAUGAAAGACUUAGGGACGAAAUUCUGUGCCAAUUAGUGAAUCAAACAUGGCGUAAUGACAUAGAAACAAAUAAUGAAAGAGGAUGGUUAUUGAUGGCUAGUUGUUUAUCAGCAUUUCCUCCUACGGGACCUUUAUAUAAAUAUUUAUUAAAAUAUGUGUCGGAUCAUGGAUAUGAUGGCUAUAAGAGUAUUUGUCAAAGAAAACUGUUGUCUGGGCAUACAUGCACGCCUCCAGCAAGAUCUUCACCCCCAUGUCUUCUUGAAUGGAGAGCGAAUCGUAAGAGAUUUAAUACUGCAUUAGAGUUUUCAAUGCCUGAUGGGGAAACAAUGACCGCUGGAGUGGAAUCAUGGACUAGGUGCCAUACUGUAGCUUCAGCUCUACUUUCAGAGAGAGGAAUAGCGGAAUGUAAUGGUUGGACUAUUGCGCUUGAUAAUGACCAAAGAAACGGAUUUGAUUAUGUAUUUGAUGCUAUAUCAGAAGUAGAAAUGCCUCCAGGUUUUCCUGGUAAACCAGCUCAUGUUUCAUUUCAACCUUCUCCAAUUAUACCAAUUUCAAAGGUUGAGUCAGUUUCUGUUAAUCGUAGACCUACUGUUCCUCCACCACAACCACCAGUACCAAAAUCUCAAAAAGUUCGAUCAGUAUCACGAGAUCAUAGUGCCGAAAUUGGACUUUCACGUAAAUCCGCACUAAAUGACCGAUAUUUUGAAAAAUCUAGUCGAUCAAGAAGCCUUGAUAACUUGAUAUCGCCUAUACCACAAGCUAGUACCCCUAAAAAACUAGAUUCUUUGGGUUUAUCACACAGUAAACUUAAUGAACGGUACAUGUCAAUGGAACGAAUUCAAGAAGCUGAGAAAGAUUCUGACAGUGAUGAUGAUGAUGAUGAUAUCGUGAAAUUGGUUGAUGAUGAUAACUUAGAAUCUGUCAGUCAAAGGGGUGAUACACGGCAUUACAAUGGUGCAUCGUCGGAUGUCAUGUCUCACAGUCAAAUCGACUUUGAAUAUCCCGAUAUAAAUGCAAGAAUGGAAGAUGAUAAAGGAUCAUAUAUAAAAGGAAAUCCGAGAUUUAUAAAAUCACAAUAUGCUGGAAAACGUGGUUCACAUUCUAUAAAAUCACAAAUGGACAAAUCUGAGGCAAGAAGCUGCGCUAUGUCUGACACAAGUGAAGCACCAUCAUUAGCCUCUCAUGUCAGACGCGUACGUGUACCAUCUCAAGCAUCAGAUGUGGAUCAAUUUUUAGAUGAUUUAUUCAAUCCAGUAUUAGAUCAACUUUCUGACGCUAGAUCAUUAGCCGCUUCAAUUAAAGGUUCAAUAAGAUGUAAAUCGUAUGAAGCCAUCGAUGACGAAUCAUUAGAUCCUUGUGAAUUUUCUACAUCUAUUAAAGGAGAAAAUCGUUGUGUUGAUGGAGUAUUAGGAUCAAAUCAUAAUGCUCAUGUAGAUUUUGACGUCAAAUUACUCGCUAAAACUAUCAAGGGUGGUGGUCGAGGAGUUACAUCUCAGCAGAACGGUUCUAGUCAAUCUGGGAACACUUCAUUUGGCAUGUCCCCUCUGAUUGGUUCACCAUCGGUUAUGCCCAUUCUCUCUCCACCAUCGUUACUAAUGCCUACUAUGAAUCCACAAAUGUUUAACUCUCCGAAUAGUCUCAGCGUACCAGCUAACACGUCAAACACUACCAACGGGUCCAGUGACAGUAUGUUAGCUUAUCAGGCAAAUCUUCACCAAGCGUUCUUACAGUCCGCUAUGGCACAAAACAUACAAAUACAGCAACAAAUAUUAGCACAAAAUCAGGCUCUACAUCAGUUAUUGCAACAGCAGCAACUUUUGCCACCGGUUGGUCCUGAAAAUACAUCUGGCAUAUGGAAUAAUUCACCCCCAAAACACAAGUCUACACCUACUAAUAAAUCUCAAGGACUUAAAACGGGCUCACCCCAAUCUACGUUUACAAAUGUAUUGAGCGAACUAAAAAGUAGAAGAUCAUCAAUGGAAUCGAACAAUGGAAAGAGUUUAGUACCACCUCCUCCGCCUAUGCCACCCCCACCAGAUUUAUGUGAUCCCAGUGAAGUUAGACCAUUUAUGGAUCCUUAUGGUAGAGCUAAAACUGUAAGAAUAGGUAAAUGGAGAUGGCCACCAGCAAGUGAUGCUGUGAGUAAUGGAGCACCAAGUGAUAUGAAUGGCUUUCCCAACCACCAAAGCUUUUUGCAGUUUAAAAUGUCUAAGCAACAAAAUCAACAAAGACACAAGCAGUCGCAAGAUUCUAGCCAAGACGGUGAUAUAAACGGAGUUGAAUGGGAAGAGUAUGAGAUACAGCAACCUGACCCUCCAAAACAAUCAACACAUAAAGAACAGUCAGAAAUUCAUAGAUCAUCCUAUAAGUCUUUAGAAGUUGGAGCAUCAAGACCAAGUCCUGGAAGUGUAGGAAAACUACGAAUUAGUAAUGAAAUGAAACAUAAAUUGGAAAUGGUCACUGCUAAUCACAGUUUAAGAUCUUCAACGAGUAAACCUAGACCCCAAGCUAUAAAUAAUAUGCCAGCUCCACCGACUGGAAAAUUGGAUUCUGAUAGACGGUUGCUUUUGCAACAACAACUUGCUGGCAGAUGGGGUAGUGUAGACAGUGUUGAUUCUAAUAGUUUAGUCAAAGAAGAUGCAUCUGAUAUGCAGUCAAAUAACGUCAUACGUAGUCAAGUUGAAAGAAUCGAAAAUUCAGGAUGGCGAUUACCACCGCCACCAAUAACCCCAUCUAGAUCUAAUAGCUUUUAUAAUCAAAAUAUGAAAAAGUGCAAUACUAGUCCACCUGCUCCUAUUCAACCAGUAACGCGUGAAUAUGAACAAAAUAUAUUCAGAAAUUCAGGAUCAAACAAUUAUUUAGAUCAACAUGAAAUUGAAAAAACACCAGAUUUCAACAGCCGCCCAGAACAUAGAAUACAAUCUCCACAACACGAAGACACCCAAAUAACUAAACUUUUACAAUCACCUCCUAAUGCCUUUUUCACAUAUAACCGAGUCCCGUGGAAAUUAAAUAUCAGAAAAGAAGUUUUUACACCAAAAGAAACAAUAUCCAGUCCAUUAGUUUUACAUUUAAUAUUUUGUCAAGUAGUUUCUGAUAUGUUUAAUAAAUUUCACUCAGUUCAUGGAAGAAUUUCAGUUGAUGAACGCGAAGAAAUGUUGGAUCUACUAGAUAGAUUUGGCGUAACAGCGAGUAAUAUGCAAACAGGACAUCAUAAAACGAGUACCAAAAGAUCAAUUGUUGAAUUGGCUCGCUCGUGGCCAUUAUACUUUGCUAGAAUAUUUACAGUAUCAUGUGGAUAUCAACAUAGAGAAGUGGAAUGUUUAGCAAUUACACACGCUGGCCUUCAUUUACUUCGAAAAGACGAAAACCAGUACCAAAUUUUACAAACAUUGACCUUUGAAGACAUUGCUGAUAUUUCAAUGGGUAAAGCUGGGGGUUCAGUCCAACUAACAGUCAUGACUGGUGAAACUAUUCCAUUCCAUUCAAAUAGAUCUAGACAAAUACAUUCGAUGAUAAGUUCAUUUUUGAAAGACGCUGCACCCCUUGGACGACUUCCACGUCAAACGGAAGAAAAAAUGCGUAUUACAGACCAUAAAGGGUGGCAACAAACAAACCCGAAGUAUUCAAAAUCAUCAGUAUCUUACAAACAAGAUGAUUCACUACCGUCAAAUCAUCAUGCAGCAGACGACGGUAAACACUCGCUACUUCAAUUUGCAAUGUAUAAUUUCAGGCAUAGUGAGAAAUUCGAUAUGUUAAAAUCUGCAAAUGGAGAAAUUAAUGGAUCAUUAAAAGUUUUGCAAAAUUCUAAAAAAAAGAGUGAUGAUUGGACAUGGAAAGAACAGUUUGAAAUGGUCAAAUACACAAAUAUACCAUUAUCUGAGGGUCUUCUUAGAUUAGAUCCCGAAUUGGAUGUAUUGGCUAUUGAAUGUUUUGAAUGUAUUAUGCGAUAUAUGGGUGAUUUGCCGACUACUCCAGAGUUUACUGAAGUCAAAUGCGUGUAUACUAUUUUAAUGCACUGCCAUAAAUUUGAAAGCUUGAGGGACGAAGUUUAUUGUCAAUUGAUGAAACAGACUACCAAUAAUAAAACUGAGAGUUGCCAACGUGGAUGGCGCUUACUCAGUAUUGUUGCUGCCUAUUUCACUUGUUCAGAAAAUUUGAGACCAUUUCUUCUAAAAUAUUUAGAAACUUCUGCUUAUGACAAAAGAAGAGCUUUCCAUGGAACUGCAAAUGUCUGUUUACAGAACCUACGAAAAACAUUAAGAUAUGGUGGUAGAAAAAAUGUUCCAAGUGUGGAAGAAGUAACCGCAGUUUCGGCUGGUCGAAAUUCAAAAAGACAACUGUAUCGACUGCCGGGUGGUAGUGAAACAGUCGUGAACACUAAAUCAACAACUGUAGUUGCUGAUGUUAUAGCUGGCAUGUGUUCUCUUAUAAAUGUCAAUGAUCCGUUAGAAAUGGAAGAAUUCUCCCUAUACUGUAUUGUUGAAGGAGAUGCAUUUACAAUGCCACUUGCAGCGGACGAAUAUAUUUUGGAUGUUACAACUGAACUACAUAAAAAUCAACAAGUGUUCUAUUUGAUAUUCUGUCGAUCGGUGUGGUAUUUCCCAUUACGUCUUGACAGUCAGUUAUACAUACAAGUAUUGUUUAAUCAAAUAGCACCCGACUACCUGGAAGGAUUGCUUCUAGUUUUACCCAAUGAACAUUUAUCUCAAGAUCAUUUAUUUGAGGUAUCAAGAUUAGCGGCAUUACUUCAUCGUGCAGCUGAUAUGUUACACCCUCCCACUUUAAAAGAAACGAAAUUUCUUUUACCAAAACCUGCGCUCACUCAACGAGAUCUUAAACCCGCACAAUGGGUACAAAUGGUGCAAAACCAUUGGCCACAAAUUGAAGUACUUCAUAAUGUAGAUGCUAAAGCCAAAUUUUUAGAAAUAUUAAGUAAGUGGACAUUAUUUGGGUCCAGCUUCUUUGCUGUGAAACGCAGUGGCGAUCAACAAAUAUUAGCCUUAAAUAGAACUGGAGUUCAUUUUCUUCAUAUUGUUACCCACGAGACUUUAUCGACAGUGCCAUUUAGUGAGGUAAUUUCUACAAGAAAAGUAAGAGCUGGCGAAGGUGCCACACUUUAUUUAGAAUUGAAAUGUGGUAACUUAUUCCAACAACGAGUAGCUAGAUUACAAACCGAUCAAGCACAUGAGAUCGCUAGACUUGUUAGACAAUACAUUACCAUGCACAGACAUAAAGUUGGUGUUCAUUAACAAAACAAUUCGUAAAAUAUAAAAAAGAAAAUAUUAAGUUUAUUUUAAAUGUAAGUUUCAUUAUAUAUAAUUCAUAUGUUAUGAGAAUACAUUAAUACAUAUAUAAAUGAGUUAAUUUAACGAAUUGUUGGAAAAGUAUGUAGUUAUAUGAUUUUUGUUAUUUUAUAAAUUAUUUAAUGUUUAUAAAAUCAUUUCGUGAUUCUGUUUAUAAAAAAUAAAUAGGCCAAUUAGUUAUACGUUCAAACUAAAUAAUAUUAUAAAUAAAGUGAUUAUUGAUAAAUAAAAUAAUGAAUAUUAAUGUUUUUAUUUUGAAGUGAAUUUUACGUAGUGAU